CACGCCGCCUACCCUGCCGCCUAUGGGCUGGUGAGCCCAGCCUUUGCCCCCCAGGGCCACUGCCUGGCCCCCCGCCCCUCCCAACAGCAGCAGCGCGAAGGCCCCGAGGGCUGUAACAUCUUCAUCUACCACCUGCCCCAGGAGUUCGCUGACACCGAGAUCCUACAGAUGUUCCUGCCCUUCGGCAACGUCAUCUCAGCCAAAGUGUUCGUCGACCGCGCCACCAACCAGAGCAAGUGCUUCGGUAGGGACUGGGAUGUGAUGGCUGGGGGGUGGGACAUCAUGGCCGGAGUGUGGGGACAGCAUGGCCAUGGUCAGGACAUGGGGGACACCACAGAUGGGGUCACCGUGGCCAAGACAUGGGGACACUGUGGUUGGAGUAUGGGGGACAUCGUG